UCAAUACGAUAUUCUUAUUCUCUCUAUAUUAAUACGAUAAUAGAGUGAACACGACUUGUAUCAAUACUAUUGCAUUGGCGAGGAAAGAGAUACAGAGGGCAAGAAACUUGAAGUUGAUGAUUAUAUUUGUUAAAACUUGUUCCCACAAGAAAAAAAUAGCUUUACUUGAUAAAUGAGCUAAAAGACGCCUGACCACAUCAAGCGUGUCUAAGCAUCUAAAACAUCCAGCUAAGAGAAAAAUAAUCAAAACAACGCGAAGACGAACGCUUUGGGUAUGAACAUCACGAACAGUUAACACAAGUGAAGUAAUUCUUUGAUAGCCUCUUUGUAACCAUCGUCAAAUACACAGAUUACAGACUGGAUAAUAUGUACCCAAAGGACCGAGUAACUUCAAGAACUUACAGACGACAUCAGUUGACUGAUGCCCUUGGCGAGUACGUAUCAAUUGGAUCAAUAUUGAUAUCAAUGAGCAAAAUCAUUUGAACAUAUAGUAGUAUAAAGUCAUUAUGGCAGAAGUACUGUCCAUUGGUGUGAUAGUCUUUUUGUGUACCGCUGCUAUUACUACUGUUUUGUUGAUUAUCCUGUACUGUGUGUGCAGAUCUGAAGAUCCUUUACUUGACCAUACUUGCGUAGCUUGGCUUCAUUCACCGAGGACAGUAAGCAAAACAAAGUAUGAUGUGCUACCGUUGUACGAUAUGCAAAAUGGACAUAACGCACCUCGAGACGAUAAGCUAGGAACCAUAGAACGAUUAAGAGUAGAAGAGAAGAAAGAGAAGAAAGAGAAACCUACUAGAGGGGUUGAUGUUAAAAGGAAAGAGUUCUACGAACGCUACCCGGAGAAAUGUCCGCUAUCGAUUGACGACCCAAACUUCCACAGAAGUGAGUCAUCGGGCAGAGGAAAGGCUGUGUCCAGAGAAAAAGGAAGAGACGAUGAGCGUAGAAGAUCUCACGAGAAUCAUUCAAGAAGAAGCAAAGAACAGUGGGAACCGAAAUCCAAAAGCGUACAUGACAUUUAUGUAAAUGAACAAUAUUAUUUACAAUCACCUCCUCAAACAUCACGAUCACUCAACUUUAUAGACAAGUAUGAUGAACGAGAUGGUGGUGUGGCUUCGUCAUUGUACAUGCAUCCACCGCGCCAUGAUGAAAAAAGUCAUCAUUAUGUCCGUCCACGAUCAGUGGAAAGAAAUGAUGGAGGAAGUAACCAUUCAUAUUUACAUUCUUUGCUACCGCGUACCCUGGAAAGAGAAGGUAGGAGAGGGCGGAGAGAUAAGAGGGAAAGUCAGUCAUCUUCCCAUUAUGUGCGACCACGAUCACUGGAACCAGAACGAAAAGAGAGAUCUCAUUCAUCACAUAACGUGCGCCCAAGAUCACUGGAGAAAGAUGAGAGAGAUGGGAUAAAGAGAUCCCAUUCAUCACAUUACGUGCGCCCAAGAUCAUUGGAGAAAGACGUGAAGGAUAGCCAUGUAUCUUCAUCUCAUUACGUGUAUCCACAAUCACUCGAAGACAAGACCGACUCCCUUUACGUAAAUCAGCCUCCACCAGCAGCAAAAGAAGAGACAAGACACAAAAGCAAGCAUCCUACGCGCUCUAAGGAUGAUAUACUCCACGCCAAGGAUAACUAUUAUCAAAAUGUCUCAGCUAUAAAUGACGAUGAACAGUUCUUGACAAAGUCGAGAGAGGAAACUCCUCUUUUGAAGGCAUCUGAGGAAAUCGCGAUGUCUGAAGUCCAACAGUUGUCUUCUGGACUCCCCCAAAGAAAUGAAUCUGAACGGCAACUAGAUAGACAUCAUCAAACAGGAUACAAGCAAGAGGACCGGGACAGAAAAAGAAUGCGUGACGGAAGUGAACGUCAAUCGAGACCUCGGUCACGUUUAACAGAAUACAGAAGGCCAAGAUCAUCUCAUGAACUAUUCGAUGUAGGAUGGUCCGAUCACAAAAAAGGCCCAAAAGACAACUACUUUCUUCCUCGAACACAAUCCAUGAUUUCUGCGCGUCCAACCAAGAAUGAUGACAGUACAAUUGGGAGACGUCACACAAUACACUUGGAAUUCCAUCCCAGGUCUGGUGAUGUCACGCCAGUGGACAGUGAAAAAGAAAGUGGAAAUAAAAAGAAUCGGCCCUCAAUACAGCAGGAAUACAGCCCCAAAGAACAGAGAGAAUUUUCAGCAAGAAGAAACAUCAAGAAACAAGAUGCGAUCAGAGCUCAGCAGAACUAUGCAGAUCAUGCUCAAGAUACAAAAAGGCGGCAAAGCAAAGAUAAAAAGUCACACAUUAAACCAGAAGUAGGAAAGAAUGGUCUUACGAUACCACCGAGGUAUGAUAGCGUUACUGAUGAAUACAGGAGUACCUUGAGGGAAGAUAGAAUGAGAGCAUCCUUUACUAUACCACCAAGGUACGACAGCCUUCCUGAUCGUUACAGAGAUGCAGGACAUGAACCACGCCCUCUAACCACACACUCAAGAGACCAAAACAAGAGAUUCACAUCAAGAAAAACCACGCUAGAUGAACACCGAAAACUGCAGUCCAGAAAAUCCACAGAAUCUACAAGCUCUAGAGCCACAAUGGAAAGUGUUCACAAAGAGAUUGAAUCGAGUUCAAUAUACAAGAAAACAGAUGAUGGCAGGCUUGUGUUAAGAGACACGAGUCAAGAACCUAGUCAAUAUAAAGGGACAAGGGCCCCAGAAAAGAUGCCGAUUAAGGGACCUGUUGAAGACACAGCAACACAAAGAACAAGGACCCCAGAAAAGAUACCGAUAAAGGGACCUAGUAAAGAUACAGAAACACAAAGAGCAAGGACCCCAGAUACGAUACCGAGAGAGGGACCUGCUGAAGAUACGGUAACACAAAGGGCAAGGGUCCCUCCAAAACGCACGAAAUCAAUUGAACGAGUUUUCUAUGUGAAGUCAGUUCCACGAUCUGAGCCAAUGUUAAACACUGAAACACCUCUUGAAGUCUCGUCAGACGAAAUCGUUGACUGGAAUCUGCUUAAAUUGACUGGACAAAAUAUUGAUGUAAGUGAAGAUGAGAGAUCACAAGACACACCGUAUUCUGCUGGAGAUGAGAGCAACCAGCUGAUACAACCGAAUGCAGCUUUGCCUUCAAAAGGUUUAAGUGACAAAAACAUCGAUUGGCAUCUCUUCAGCUUGAAUGGACAAGUGGAAGAUCAUAAGUCAGCAGUAUUGAAUAAUCCUUCACAAGAGAAUGGGCCGACAGAACCGAGCCACGAAGUUAAACAAGCUAUAGUAACAAACCACAAGAAUAUCGAUUGGCAUCUAUUCACCAUAGCCGGCGAGAAGAUCGACGAAAAGAAAACCCCUACACAAGAUAACAUGUCCACAACAAGCACUAAAGACUCCAUUAAACAGAGCUUAGAAACACAGAUCAAAUAUGGUGAAGAGCUUCAUACAUCAAGAAGACCGAAAGUAAAACCAAUGAUAUUACAUUUUGAAUGACUCUGAUUCUGUUGGCAACAACUAAAUAAUCAAUGUAACAAGUUACGACAAUUAGGUAAAACUAAAGAGUGUUGUAAAAUACGAAUAACUUUGUUCAUUAAUGUACAACAUUUUAGCGAGUCUUUGAUUAUAAAAAUGAAAACUGCGCAUCAACGGAGAUGUUAACUAACUAGGUAACUAAUUUUUGGCUUCAUGAUAGUGUUGUCCAUAAUAAAAACAAUCAUCUCGUACAUUCUAUUAGAGUAUCCUAUGAUAGAUGUGUUGAUCAUGAUAGAUGUGUUGAUCAUCACAGUGAAUGAGCGAUCUAAGCCAACGCUGUAAAGAAAGACUUGACAAAAUGAGUAUCCUAUACAGAUAUCCAUGUAUUCAUAACGAUAGCCUCACGUCAGUUGAACACUGAGAUAUGCAUGAAUCGAAUCCUUGUUUAUGCUGUAACUUAAGAAAUAAACUUAUUUUCGUUAAUGUAAA